GUCGAAGGACGCAUGAAUAUGUAUACCGUUGUCGCGAUUGCUACCGAAUGAGCUUGGACGCAGGCGAUUCGCCCGCGAUCCGCCCGUCCGCGUGAGAUGGCCGCGAGAUAACCGCGUCAAGUUAAAUCGCUCACUUGAAUCGACGACUAUAGCGGAGUGUUGGUGAACUUUGGUGAACUCUCGAGUCCUCUCUUUCUCGGCGGAGCCUUGGUCCACUUCCGGUUGCUCGCUACCGGUUGAUUCGUGUCGGCUGGUGUCGCAUCUCGUGAAAUAUUUCAGCGAGACAUUGAAGUAGCAUUUACUCGAUUGGAAUUAUUUUCAAAUAACCUGUUUUUUCUUCUUUUUAAAUUUUUUCAAAUAAUCCGUUUUUUAUUCUCUCUUGUCAACCAUCGUUACUGUAAUCAGGCACCGCCGUUUAAUGUCUCUUCUACUUCCGCGUUAGGAAGUUCUCGCGUUAUCGUGGCAUCGUGCACUUAAAUGUUUGGGCAUUUAAAUAUUCAGAAACGAUACAUUUGUGAACUCGACUCUGAAACGCCUGGGCCCGGCAUGUUUAUCUCGAAUUUUUACCCCGAUCGCCACACUUGCGGUUGGCUAGUGUAGAUGCGUUACUGGAAAUUGUUAAAUUUCCUCUCGUUUCGUGACUCUCAAUUAUCCCUCCCUGUUUUCCUGUUCCCCCAGAUAUUUUACAAGUGGUCGCACGCAGAGAUUCGGAUAAUUUUCUACAAUCGCAAGAGCGCAGGCCAGGAAAGGACGAAAGUGGCGGCGAAAGUGGCGGUGGCCUCGUCUUGCGGAUGUCCGAGGUUGAAAAUCAGUCGAGUUCGCGUGCUGGCGGAUUGGGGCAGAACGAGGUGGCGGCGGUGGCGGCGGCGACGGUGGUAGCAGCGGUAGCUGAUAACGCAACUGAUAACGGAGCCGGUAGUGCGCCCACCGUGACUGUUACUGCAUCGGAGGACGUUCCACCUCAAUCUGGUGUGAUGAGAAAGGAAGAACAAGAGGUGCCGCGAACUCGAGAAGACUCGCCGAAGGGCGGCGCCGCGAGUGUCGCGACGCCCACAGCGGCGAUGCCGCUCGAGGAUGACGAGGACGAAGAAGAGAAGGAGGAGGAGGAGGAAGAGGAGGAGGAGGAAGAAGAGGAGGAGGACGCCGAGGAAGAAGAGGUAGAGGAGGGUGGAAACGGAGUGGAGGGUGGAAUGACGAUGCAGGAAGAGGUCGGGGGUGUGUUGGUCGAAGGUGAGGGUGGGGGUGGAGGCGGCAUGGCCGGCUACUGGAGGCAGAGCAGACCCUCCAGUCCCCGCAUGCCGCCUCCGGAGCAGUCGGAGCAGCCGAGCCGACCCAAGAGCCGGCACGAGCUACAAACCGCGAGAUACAACAACCUUGGCUAUUGGCGUGCGAGAAGAGUCACCUUCUACAAAAAUGGCGACCCCUACUUCCCUGGCGUGGAAUUCAGAUUUAAACCUGGGCGCGACAUUGGUUCUCUGGAGGCCCUACUGGACAGACUGUCUCUUCGGCUGGACUUACCGAGAGGGGCACGUCACAUUUUCUCGAUGGACGGUGACCGGAAGCUCAGUCUGGACGAACUCGAAGACGGCGCUUCCUACGUAGUGUCCAGUUACAAAACCUUCAAGCCGGCCAGCUACGGAAAGAAGAAUAACACUUGGUACACGAGUCAGGCGGCCGGUGGAGGCAGUAGAGGUGGUGGGAACACCGGAAAUGUGGUUGGAGGGUGGCAAAGUAGACAGCCGGCAGUGCCGGCGAGUCUCAGCCGAAAGGCUUCCAUCACCGAAGAGGCGCCACCCCCCGGCGGUGGAAAGCCUUCCUCAGGUCGUGUCAUCCGUAUCGUCAACAAUCAUGAUCACACUGUUCAGUGUCGAGUCCUGCUAAAUCUUCGUACGUCGCAACCCUUUGAGGAAGUUUUAGAAGAUCUCGGGCAAGUGUUGAAGAUGAACGGAGCUAAGCGGAUGUUCACUGUUUCGGGGCAAGAGGUGAGAAGCUUCUCGCAGCUGCGAAACGAAUUCGCGGACGUAGACACGUUUUACCUGGGUACCGGAUCGGUUCUCGGUGCAACCAGUGCCGGUAUCACGGCAUCGCCGGCACGAAGAUCGAGAUCGCGUGGUCCACCUACGGUCGUGGAGGACAUUAGCUGGCAGAGAAGAGCUCGCAGCAAGAGCAGACCUCGAGCCUUGUACGCAGCUGACUCCGAGAUUGUUCGAGUGAACGGUAAAAAUAAUAAUUAUCCUGAUUGUAUAUGCAUCGCUUUCCACCCUUUCGGCGUGGCACUAGCGGCGGGAUCGUCCGAGGGUCAUCUCCUGGUACUCGCAGCCGAUACCGGCGCAGCUGUGGCGACUCUGAGAGUCUGCGGAUCGCCUCUGUCUUGCAUCGGAUACAAUCCUACUGGAGAAAUCGUCGCUAUGGGGUCCCAAAACGGUAGCGUCUAUCUCUUUAGAGUGUCACGGGAUGGAUUUUCGUACAAGAAGAGCAACAAGAUUCGCGGCACGCAGCCAUUGGUGCAGCUCGACUGGAGCUCCGACAGCCGGUUUCUCCAAACCGUUACCCAAGACUACGAUCUCGUGUUCUGGGAUGUUAAAGUACUGUCAUCCGAGAAGAGCCCGUUGGUCAUGAAAGACGUCAAGUGGUAUACUCACAAUUGCACCGUUGGCUACAUGGUUUCCGGCCAAUGGAACAACCGUUACUAUCCGCUGACCACAGUGGUCACUACCUCCAGCAGAUCAGCAGCGCACGAUAUGUUGAUAAGCGGUGACGCCGAGGGAUAUCUUCGGCUCUUCAGAUACCCGUGUACCAGCGCUAAAGCUGAAUAUAUCGAAGAAAAAGUAUACAGCUCGCUGGUAGCAUGCGCCAGGUUUCUCUACAACGACCAAAACGUCGUUACCGUCGGCGGCACCGACGCUGCUCUAAUGCUUUGGGAAUUGGUCGACGAAUAAUUCGAUGAGAUUCGUAAAAUCGUCGACCGGCGAUUCGAUCUAGUCGAAUAACUUUGAUGGAACACUCUGCCACAUUAUCUCGAUAAACAAGAGCGAGCCGUCGCUCGAACACCUCGACUCGAAGACUCAACAGUUGCUCCACGAGCACUUAAAGCGAAAGAAGGAGAGGAGAAAAGGAGGAAGGAAAGCUGUUUGCUAAAUCUGCCAUGGGAUAUCAUGGUAUGUAUAAUAUACCGCGUGGUAUAUCGCGAUUUGCUAGAAAACCGAUACAAUAUUGUACUUUUCUUGCUUCGACGUGCCUUUUCCGAUAUCGUCCACAUUUAUCUCGUACGACGUUGUAUAAAAUCUCGUUUCAAUGCGAGAAACGAUGUUGCAUCAGUGAAACAAAAGUCUACCAACUGGCCACUUGUGCUGGCAAUUAACCAACCCGAUCAUAGAAACUCUAGCGCAAGCCAACGUUGAGUACGCGGGUUCAAAAGUAUCAAGUAAGGUAAAUGGGCGAUAAUUUAAUGCUCGCACGUCAUUUGCAAAUGGUAUUGUUGCAAAAGGAAGAUGCGUGACAUAUAGCCCAAGUGGUUAACAUUUUUAUGAACGAACUACUAAAUCCUAAUCAGAGUUCGAGCCUUUCGGUGAGGAUUUGUAUUGGAGACGCAAUACGGAGCUCGUGUUUGCGCGCGGUCUCUUUCAUUAAUCACAGAUAUCUCCGUGCUACUGAGUAGUAGCACACGUUGUGUCUAUAUAUCUAUAUCUUCUUAUAUCUAUAACUUACAUUACUUGUGUCUAUAACUUAGUAAACAAUUGGAAUAUUUGGAAAAACGGAGCUCCGCACCAAUUGGAAAAUCAAGUGGAAAAGCAAAUGGUGCAUUGGCCGUCUAAUAUUUUCCUCUUUCGUUUCUUACCAUAUUCUCCUAUUGUUACAUCUAUUGUUUAAUUCUUAUUAUGCAGAAGAAACAACACGUAUACAAUCAUGCGCGCGCGCGCGCGUGGUAGCAUUAUGACGAUUACGUUUGCGACAAGAAACAAGAAAAGAAACGGAAGAAGACAUUGUGCUGUGUUUUCUACAUUUUCCGCAAAUAAGUAGAAGGAAAGACGGAUAAAAGUAGAAAAAUGUCAAGUAAAUGCUAAAAGCAACUGUCCAUACUGUCCAUAUACUUGUAACGAAGAAUACGGGGUGCUGGCGCCUCUUUGAAAAUUUUUAGCUACGAGCGAGGAUCGAAAAUGAAACUAAAGUUAAGAUAAAAAUUGCUACCGAGUCACAUCACGACGAUAAUAUAGAUAAAAUGAAGAAUUCUAUUUCUCUAGUUUUUCAUCAAUCGAAAAGUACAACUUUACAUCAAGCUAUAUUUCCGUUGUAAAUGCGUACACAAGCCAUCUAUUCGAUAUUUGAUUAGACAAACAUUAGUGGAUUUAGAGCGCAUUCAACUCAUAUGAUUUUGAUUAAUCGCCAUGGAAUAUUAGCGCCGUGAACAUAUUUCGUUUUACGUUGCGAUGUAAAUCUAGGGAUGGAUUCAGCAUCGAUUUCAAGUACCGAUGACAAAAAAAACCGGUGUGAACCAGUGUCUUUUUGCUGCGAUGCGAAUCCGUAAUUGGUCUUUAGAUUACAUAGUCGAUAUACCACGUAAUACUGUGUAAUUGUCCGUCGUAAUUUACACAGAGAACGUGUAAAGACACAAUGGCAUUUUCUCGUAAAGAGCAUCGCGUUGCAGGUCAACGCGCCUCUUUCACGAGCCAGCCAGUUUUGUUCACGUAUUUUUAGAGGAAUAGAAGGAAACAAGGGAGCUGUAACUAUAUAUACGAAGAAAGAGGUGUGUUUCGUAUUUAUUAUCGCAGUAGUUGGUAUGAAGCGAUUAGAAUCAUCACUGCCAAGGCAUCGAAUUAGAAAAGUUUUAACGAUCAACGAUCAGAUUUUGUUCACGCCAUAAGUGCAUCAAGGGAAUAAGAGUAGCAUUGUCAUUGUACAGACCGAGUACAGUCUUUGGCUAUCCAUCUCUGAUAUCCAUCUCACUAGCAUGUUAUCCUGAUAUUCAGUUACCUCUCGGUUGUCGCUGGGAUAUCUCUGGAUAUCCCAACAGUCACGAGAGUUACGGAUGAUAGGAGCCCUGACUAUAAUCCCAUAAUUAAUAUUACGUGUAUGAUCGGACGUCCGGUCCAUUAUUAUCGAAAUUGCCAGUAAUAUUUGAGUGCUCAAUAUCCAUUAAAUAACGAUAGUUCGAGUACCCGUCAGAUUGCUUACGCAAAUGAAAACAGCAUCAUAAUAAGCCAGCAGUCGUUGAUUUUUCAUCCUCGACGCAGUCGCGAGAUGAAAAAAAGAAACGAAAACAGAUUUCAGUUUCAAGUACGAUAAUCGAUGUAGAAUAUGAUAAACAUAUCCAUAUAUAUAUAUAUAUUUAUAUAUACACAUGUAUACAAUAAACUGUGCACAUUACACGCGA